UGGACUUCGCUGUAAAGUGGCGGGUACAGUUGAGUCAUAGGUACAUCGACCAUAUUCCAUUCCAUUGCUCGAAUACAUGUUAUCGUUUAAUACUAGGGAAACUUCCUUCUAUAAAUAAAUAGCGUCUACGUGCAUUUUCUACCAUUCUCGAUUUGUAUUUCAGUGACAAGUGAUCGUGCUAUUUUUGACUGUUUCUCAGUGUUUUUAUCAGUUUUCUUGUUUACUUUCGUAUUUACCGGCAAAUAACCUAAAUAAAAAUGGCAGCAAUAACAGAAGUAAGUGAAGCUCCCGUUGCUCAAUCCAACCUAACCUGCUUGGAGUCUGUCAACAGAUUUUCAAAGCUUCCAGUUGUUGAUUCCACCAUCAAGACAGCUACAAGUCUAUACGAAAAAGUAAAGGACUUGAACGGUCUCACCCAUUGGACUUUCUCGACAGCAGAAACCACCCUCUGCAAGGCAGUCGACUUGGGAAUGCCUAUUGCCACUCCCGUUAUCAAGAACUUCGAAGGACCUAUUAAGAAAGUCGACAAUGUUCUUUGCUCAGGUUUGGAUUAUGUAGAAGAAAAGAUCCCUGCUGUAAAACUUCCCACCAACGAGAUCGCUUUACAGAUUUACAACACCACCAAAGACUACGUCAACAACACGAUAACACCCGCUGUUGAAACCGCCAAAGCCUACGCAGAGCCAGCUGUCAAGACCGCUAAAGAUCUCGUGGAACCCGCUUAUGAAAGGGCCAAGUCAGCUGUUGAACCAACCCUGGAGAGGGCCAGACAUAUUGUAGAACCAAUUGUACAGCCUGCUUUGGACAAAGCUAAUGCCAUCAAAGAAAAUGUUAUGCAGAGGGUUGAUGAGUAUUUGCACCUCUCCCACCAAGAAGGUGAAGUAGUCGAAUGCCAAGAAUGUGUCCAAAUCAGGAAAAGAUUAGAGGCACAACAACAGCAGGACAACCAAAACGAACAGCAGCAACAAGAUCAACAUCCCGAGGGCCAAUAAUAACGCGCGUUUUGUAUUAGUUUAUAGUGUUUUCUAUGUUUAACGUCCCAAUUGUAUUUUAAGACUGUUUUUAGAUUUUAAUCUAAGGGUGGCUUCCAGAACAUUAGUCUGAAUAUGUGCCUUUUCCAAAAAGUUUUCAUAAUUACAAAUAUUUAAAAAUAUUACGGUGUUUUCAAAAAGAAAUACUUUAUUAUUUAAUAAUACAUUUAUUACUUUUGUAAUUUUCCUUCUUUCUGUAUUCAGUAUUCAAAUAAGAGUUUUCUUUAAUUUGAAUACUGGAAAGAUGGUAAAGUUAUUGUUAUUUUCAACGUUAAUAUCUAUAUAAUAAGUUAAUGUUACAUAUCUAGCAGGAAAACCUUAAGUGUAUGAUGGUUAUCUAGAGUAUUAACGAAGUAAAUCAAUACACACAAGUGCCUAUAGUACAUAAGGAUGUCACCCUUAAUAGUUUACAAUAUUUAUAAAUGUAUAUUUUAUACUAAUAUAGAAUUAAGUCGAGGAUGAAAAUAUCACUGAAUAUUUACGUUUUUAUUUAAAUAUAUGUUCCAAAUUUCUAUAA